CUUUGCAUCAACUUCCUUUCUCCUGUCCGUUCACAUUCCUUUCAUUCGUUUCUACACCAUCGCUCCCCAGCACUCCGUCUGCUCUCUCUUAAAUUCUAUCUCUCUCUUCUCUCUGCAGGAGACCAUUACAAUGUCCAGUCAAACCGGUAUCAAAGUCUCUCCAGCGCUCGCUGGCGUGUGGCAGCAAGUAACGGCCCCUGGGAGCAAAGUCCGCGCGGUCAAGAUCUCGAUUCUGAAAGAAACCCUGGAAGAAGACGGUCUCUUCGACAUCAAAGGAACCUUUGAAGAAGACUUUAGAAUUGUGCACGACAACCUGAAGGAUGAUGUGCCUGCGUACUUUAUGGUUCGCUUCGAUGGCAGCAAAUCGGACCAGUGGAUCUUCUUGGCCUAUGUUCCAGACAUUGCGCAUAUCCGUCAAAAGAUGAUCUAUGCGGCCACGCGCGCCACCUUGACCAAGGACCUUGGAGAUUCGCACUUCACGGACUCGAUCUAUGGUACAAACAAGGGCGAUUUUACGCUGGAGGGAUACAAGAGACACAGGGCAAGCAUGACAGCGCCCAAGCCCUUCACGGAUCGUGAGCGACAGCUGCAAGAAAUUCACGCGAAUGAAAAGAGCAUGAUCGAGAACAUGAAGGGUGGUACGCAUAGGGUGUCGCAUGCUCCUGGGAUGAAUUUUCCUCUGACAGAUAGGGCUGUUGCUGCGCUUAAGAAGCUGGUCGUCGCCGCUCCAAGCCCUGCCAAGGCCUUGCCGAAAAAAGUGACGAGCCCUGCAUCAACACCCUUGCCAGUAUCGCCAGUCAUUAGCCGAGAGAGUACCGUGGUCGUUCCUGAGAAGUCGGCCUCGGCGGAGAAUGUUGAAGACGAUGAGUGGGACGAUGAUAAGACAAAGGAGGCAAAGGCGGAGGAGGAUGCAGCGCCCGUGGAAGAUGUCAAGGGAAUUGAACCGGAAGAGGAGAUACCUGUGGAGGCUGCCAAACCAGAGCGUACUGUCAACUUUGUCAAGCUGGUCAUUGAUGCUGAGAGUGAGAAGAUUGAUCUUGCAGGCGAGGCCAAGAUUGCAGCAAAGGAUCUUGUCAAGAACAUUGACGAGGACUCACCCCGAUUCACGUUCUUUGCGUACGAGCACACCCACAACGGAACUGCGCAUGAUUCGCUCGUGUUCAUGUACACAUGCCCCAGCAAGUCAAAGAUCCGUGAGCGCAUGUUGUAUUCGUCAUGCAGGGCUGGUGUGUUGCAGGCAGCGACGGAUAAUGCAGGACUGAGUGUGGACAAGAAGCUGGAGACGACGGAUGUGUCAGACUUGACGGAGCAGUUUGUACUGGAGGAGCUGCAUCCCAAGACCAGCCAUUCGAGCUUUGGAGGAAGCAGUGCACGAAGUGCAGUGAGUGGACCACCCCGCUUCAACAAGCCUGCUCGUCCUGGCGCUCGUAAGGUCAUGUAAAGUGGGAAGGGCAGUCGCAAGAGGGGGGAACGGUAUCGUGAUAAGAAUAAGGAAGAGCUAGCUGGAAGGGUUGUUGGUAGGCUCAAAAAAGGAGCGAGCGAGCAGAAAAGAAGAUCACACUAGAACUAGGAAUAAAACUCUGGCUGUAUUUUAUGGACUGUAUGUAGCUGAACCAGGACGCGUCUCGACCUACGGGAAUGGGGUACUGUAGGAUGGA